CAUAGCGAGAGUCGAAGUUGCUCUUGCUAAAGCAGCAGGAACUAAAGAAUUUGUAAAGAUGCUGCUCGCCUUGGGACUACUCACCUGCAUCCUUCCCUUUUUGUACGUGAUAACUCCAUCUGUCAGGAAGUUCUUUGCUGGUGGUGUUUGUAAAACAAAUGUGCAACUUCAUGGGAAAGUAGUGGUAAUCACCGGCGCCAACACCGGCAUUGGCAAGGAGACAGCCCGAGAGCUUGCUCGCAGAGGAGCUCGAAUAUAUAUUGCCUGCAGAGAUGUACUGAAGGGGGAAUCUGCUGCCAGUGAAAUUCGAGCUGAUACAAAGAACUCCCAGGUGCUGGUGCGGAAACUGGACCUCUCUGAUACCAAGUCCAUCCGAGCCUUUGUGGAGGGCUUUCUGGCAGAGGAAAAGAGACUCCAUAUCUUGAUCAACAAUGCAGGAGUGAUGAUGUGUCCGUAUUCUAGGACAAAAGAUGGUUUUGAAACCCACAUGGGAGUUAACCACCUGGGCCACUUCCUCCUCACCUACUUGCUCCUAGAGCGGCUGAAAGAGUCUUCUCCUUCACGGGUGGUGAACCUGUCAUCAGUGGUGCACCAUGUUGGCAAGAUUAAUUUCAAUGACCUCCAGAGUGAGAAGAGCUAUAGCCCAAGUUUUGCCUAUUGCCACAGCAAACUGGCCAAUGUGCUUUUCACUCGGGAGCUGGCCAGGAGGCUCCAAGGCACAGGCGUCACCACUUAUGCGGUACACCCAGGCAUCGUCCGCUCUGAGCUGAUCCGGCAUUCCUUCCUCAUGUGCUUACUCUGGCGGCUCUUCUCCCCCUUCCUCAAAUCAGCAAGGGAAGGGGCCCAGACCAGCCUGCACUGUGCCCUGGCUGAGGGCCUGGAGCCCCAGAGUGGCAAGUACUUCAGUGACUGCAAGAAGACCUGGAUGUCUCCAAGAGCCCGGAAUAACAAAACAGCUGAGCGCCUGUGGAAAGUCAGCUGUGAGCUUCUCGGAAUCCAGUGGGAGUAGAACUGAUGAACAAGCCUCAGCUUUCUGGGGCCCAAUCCAUGCCACUAAGAAAGAGAACCAAAGAGAAGGCCAACCCCGAAGGAUUGACUUCCUGGCUGGCUGCUAUUGCAAAUCCUACCUGCUCUGAUUCUCCCAAUGCUUCCAGAGGAAAUCUUUGCACAUCCAAUGCUCCUGCGAGGUUGGCUCGAAUGGCACAAGAUGCUCGCACAUUCACAUUCUUCUCAAAGACUUGCAGUGCU